UCUAGCCUCGACGCCAAUAUAUUCCACAGUCCAGAGAUAAGCCAAAAAAAUGGACUCCCAGAAAACGAUAACCUGGUUUUUCGGCUUGCCAUGGGUGCGCUAUGCGCAGAUCUUUAUCGUGGUGGCGGGCGAUCUGCUUGCCCUUUCCAAUCUGUAUCCCAAGCACUCGAGGUACAUUGCGUGUCCAUUCCUACUCUGGCAGGAUCUCCAGGCGGAGGACGGACGAGCCGUGGACUCAGCUCAGCAGUUCUAACAAAUACAUGUGUUUCAGCGUGCGUAGGAGACGUUUUAUUGGCCCAAAGUGUUUUGACCAGACCAACCUUGAGUUUCAAUGCCAAUGCCAGGCCCAUGACGUCACUUGUAUCUGGUUGCCUUUGCUGGUUAAAUAUACUGAAUGUUUU